GUCAAAUAUGAGAUCCACACGUAUUGAAUACAAAUUGGAUGCGUGAAUCCCAUUUAAUAUGAGAGAAUUUGUAUAAUUUUGCGUGCAAGUGUGUGGUUAGAGAGUUAUUGCGGCGUGAAUUCGUUUACUUUUCACCCAAAAAGUAUGGUGAUAAUAAUCUGCUGUGCUGUCCGUUUCUUCUUUCGGAAUUCAGACAAUGGGAGAUGGAGCAGCUCUAUCUUCAACACUGCUACCCUCAUCUUCUUCUUCUUCUUCUUCAAUUCAUCACUACUCAUUACUUUCCAAAACGAGGGCUUCAACAAGAAGUCAUCACCAUUCAUCCCCAUCAUCAUCAAUCUGGUCAAUUCCGCGGAGGCAGCAAGGCCGCCGUGGAAUCAGCAGAAUGUUGAGGGCGGCGGGGGCAACGCUGGAGCAGCCGGGAGGGAAGAUGGUGGUGGAACUAGUUGGGGCAUUCAAUGAGCUGACUGAGAGAUUAAUGAACACCAACAAGGAGCUCUCCACCAGCUCUUCCCACAUACUCUUCAAGUCUCUCAAGCUAUCUAUCCCUAUUCUCCUAACACUCCCUCCCUCUCUCGAUGGCCGCUCUCCUCUCUCCAGGGCCUUAUCUCUCGCUCUCCUCCUGGCUGAUCUCCAGAUGGACGCAGAGGUUAUUUCAGCUGGUAUACUGAGAGAAGUUCUGGAAGCAGGUGCUAUAUCCAUACGUGAAGUAAGAAAUAGGAUAGGUGCUGGUACUGCUCAUCUGCUACAUGAGAGUUACCGUGUGAAGAGCAUUCCAUCAAAAGUGGAUGUCUUGGAUGAUGAUAGUGCUGCUGCGUUAAGGAAGUUCUGCUUGACGUACUAUGAUGUCAGGGCUGUGGUUCUAGACCUUGCUCUCAAGCUUGACACGAUGAGACAUCUGGAUUACCUCCCAAGGUAUCAACGACAAGUGUUAUCACUGGAGGUUAUGAUGAUACAUGCUCCCCUAGCUCAUGCUGUUGGGACCAACUCUUUAUCACUGGAGCUGGAAGACCUUUCAUUUCGACACUUGUUCCCUUAUUCAUACUUUUAUCUUGAUACUUGGUUACGAAGCCAUCAAACAGGAAGUAAACCCAUAAUAGAAAUAUACAAUGACCAUCUGCUUGAAUCCUUGAAAUCUGAUCCUCUGCUGGCAGACAUGGUAGAUGGUAUCUUAGUCAAUGGUCGCUAUAAAAGUCGUUAUAGCACUAUGAAGAAACUGUUGAAAGAUGGCCGCAAGCCUGAAGAUGUAAAUGAUAUAUUAGGGUUAAGAGUGAUAUUGAACCCAACUUCUGGGGAAAAUAUGUUUGAUGUGGGCGAGAAAGCAUGCUACAUGACACGUGAUAUUAUCCGGUCUUUGUGGAAAGAGAUGCCUAACAGGUCAAAAGACUAUAUCGCCCAACCAAAAGCAAAUGGGUACAGGAGUUUGCACAUGGCAGUUGAUGUCAGUGACAAUGGAAGGACUAGACCACCGAUGGAGAUUCAAAUUCGGACAACAGAGAUGGAUAUGUUGGCUGCUGGUGGAGUGGCAUCUCAUUCAUUGUACAAGGGAGGUCUUUCUGAUCCAGAAGAGGCAAAGCGGCUCAAGGCGAUUAUGAUGGCUGCAGCCGAACUUGCAGCAGUACGUCUAAAAGAUAUUCCUUCAAUAAAUCAUAAGCUUAUUGAAACGCAUCGUAGAGAUCGAGUAUUCUGUCUUCUUGACAAGAAUGGAGAUGGUAAGAUUAGCUUUGAAGAACUUACGGAAGUGAUGGAAGAGCUUGGUGCCCAAGGUGAAGAUGCCCGGGAGAUGAUGCAACUUCUUGAUUCAAACAGUGAUGGUUCUUUGAGCUCAGAUGAAUUUGAUACGUUUCAAAAACAGGUUGUAUUUAUGCGCAACUUAGAGGUUAGAGAUGAUCAAUACAAGAUGGUGUUAAAUGAGAAGCUUCAAAUGGCUGAUAGUAGUGAUUUCAUUGAAACAUAUGGAGAAGAGCUUGGAGACAGCCUUGCAGUAAGUUAAUCAUUUUGAAAUACUAUCGUAAAAGCUAAGUUCAGAAGUUACUGCGGUGGGGGUUACUUAAGAGUUAGAACAGCCAUAAGCCCCAUGUAAAUAUUAUACGUAUUGUAUAUAAUUUCAACUCCACCGAAUGUAGAACUAUGUAUCUUGUGUGGUGAUGAUAUGAGAAGUCACUCGGAUUUUUACAUUGAUUCAA